CUGCCAUGUCGCCAGCGCCCAAGCCUGCGUCCAAGCCCAAGAGCUAUCGGUGCGUCGGCGACUGCAAGCUUCAGAAGACGAGGCUCUGGUGAUGCUCAACAAAGGUGGUAUGGCAUUCGUCCACCGCGACUUUUUGCCGUGGGCCCAGCGUCUCAUGCUUGUGGUGCGGUCGACCUUCUCGCUCUCGCGCGGGAACGAGUCGCUGGCUGCAACGGCCGCGUCGGUAACAAGCGACGACGUCCUACCGCGCCUGUUCGACGAAGCGUGGACCAAGGCGUUUGAUCUCAACGAGAGCCUCCUCCACGACACGAAGCUGCGUGACAAAUUGCACAAGGCUCUGCAGCUCUCAGCCAUGCAUGCGCGCAUUGGUGUUGUCGUUCACCGAUUUUCGGCCCAGUACCUCGGCCGCCACGUUGACAAGUCGGGCACCCUCGCGCUGCGCCAGAAGCUCAAGGCGGAGACGGGCAAGACACCACAGCCAUUACAAGGCAAGCGCAAGGCGCAGACACCGGUAGCGGCACCGGUCAAGAGUCGCCAGAUGAAGAUGACAAAGAUGGACCCUACGCCAAGCGCAACGCCAAGUAGAUUAGCCUCGACCUACUAAUUGACCGAUUAUCCUCCUUAGUACA